AUGUCGUCUCUCAACUCGCUCUUCAACCGCUCCACCUUCGGCACAAAAUGCAAAACAUGUUUAAAUCUCGUCAUUUCGAGGAUCAAGCUGCUGCGCAACAGGAGGGAGUUACAACUGAUAAAUAUGCGCAAAGAAAUGGUUCAAUAUCUUCAGACUGGCCAGGAAUCUAUUGCAAGGAUUCGAGUGGAGCACAUUAUUCGGGAGCAAAAUAUAUUGGCUGCCUACGAGAUCGUAGAGCUUUUUUGUGAAUUUGUUCUGGCAAGAGUCCCUAUUAUUGAGGUCCAAAAGGAAUGCCCCUUAGAACUGCGUGAAGCAAUUGCUAGUAUAAUCUUUGCAUCAGGAAGAUGUUCAGACUUGCCUGAGCUAAUGCAUCUCCGUAAUUUGUUUACCACCAAGUAUGGAAAGGAGUUUGUUGCUGGUGCUAUGGAAUUGCGCCCUGACAGCAGUGUCAACCGCACAAUAAUCGAAAAGCUCUCGGUGAAGGCUCCAUCAGGUGAAUCAAAGCUAAAAGUCUUGAAAGCUAUUGCCCAAGAGUACAAUAUUGAAUGGGAUUCAUCUAAUACUGAAGCAGAAUUCGAUAAGAAAUAUGAAGAUCUACUGGACGGCUCGGGAUCUUCAGUCCACCAGGUCCACCCACCUAUCAUUGAGGGUUCAGUGAGCUCACCAGUUGCUUCUGCUUCAAGAGAUAAGCCGCCAGCAUUGAAUUCACCUGUCAUUGACACCCAAAAGCAUCAAGUUCGCGAGUCUCCAACUUCACCAGCAGGAGGUACAAGAGCUUGUGUUGCCACUAAGGGAAAUGUGGCAACCAAGGAGCAUCCCUCCCCCGCUGAGGAGAUGUCCUCCACCAGCCCAAGUUCGUCAGACGCGCUGGAGAAAGCCCGAGCUGCUAUUGCAGCCGCCACCCGUGCAUCUGCUGCUGCUCGUGCGGCAGCGGAACUUGCAAAAGUUAAAAUUACAAGUCAGUGA